AUGCCUAAAGUCAAAAGGAGCCGGAAAGCUCCACCAGAUGGUUGGGAGUUGAUUGAACCAACGUUAGAUGAAUUGGAUCAAAAGAUGAGAGAAGCGGAAACAGAACCUCAUGAAGGAAAGCGGAAAGUGGAGUCUCUGUGGCCCAUCUUCAGAAUACACCACCAGAAAACCCGAUACAUCUUCGACCUCUUCUAUAAACGCAAGGCCAUCAGCAGAGAGCUGUACGAGUACUGCAUCAAGGAAGGCUACGCCGACAAGAACCUGAUCGCCAAGUGGAAGAAGCAGGAAGAUGUAGGAUAA